AAAAAACACAUACCAUUAACUUUCAGAAUAAUAACCUAGUAUUCUAUCUGAUACUGACAUAGUCAUGGCUCCUCAGUCUCAGUCCCAGCCACCACCACCGUCAUCUGAGGACAAGACGGAGGCUCUGGAUGCUCUGCUUCAUGCAUUCGGGUUCGAGAUUGAAGAAGUGACACCCCGAAAGGUCUCUGGUCACCUCAGAGUCACCGAAAAGAGCUGUCAGCCAUUCAAGGUGUUACAUGGAGGUGUGUCAGCUCUGAUAUCCGAGUCUCUGGCUAGCAUGGGAGCUCACCUGGCUUCUAGUUUACAAAGGGUGGCUGGAAUCCACCUCAGUAUCAACCACUUGAACCGAGCUGAGCUCGGUGAUCUUAUUUACACUGAAGCCUCACCCAUCAGCGUUGGCAAAACCAUUCAGGUUUGGGAGGUGCGACUUUCAAAGAUAGAUCCUUCAAACUCAGACAUCAAAUCCCUAGUAUCAUCAUCAAGAGUUACUCUUCUGUGCAACAUGCAUGUGCCAGAGCAUGCAAAAGAUGCAGGUCAAGCCCUCAAGAAGUAUGCCAAAUUAUAGAAAUUUUGUAACCCUGUUUAUUUUUCAACACUUAUUUGUUACUGAACCUAAUGAAGAAAUUAAAGAAUCUAUUACACGCAUA